CACAUGCUCAACGUCGUCACCCAUCCAUCCUUUCCUUUUUCUUUGCUGGUUUCCCUCGCUCUCUCGGAAAUCAUUGUCUCUCCUCAGACGCAUCUUUUUCGAUCUAUUGCUAUAAAUUGUGGGAAUUGUCUCUCAUAAAUUCUCCGAGUCUCACUUUUCCGGAGAAGCUCAGUUAGGGCUAUCGAUAAAGAGGGUUGACACGACAACCCCAACUAUCCUUACAGCAACAUUCCUUCACUCAAGAACUACUUCAUUGUCAAGUUAUCCUGCUGGCCAGGAAUUUGAAAGCGAUCCAGCUUCAUAUUACUUCGAUUUUGCUUUUGCUGCUUCUGUUUCUGUUUUGGUUUUCGCCUUUGUGCUGAACCUCGUCCCAUCUAUACCCAUACAAUUGUCAUUGUCUUUUGUCUUUCUUCGCACAAAGAAUAUCUCCCGAGACAGUCGUCACUGCCUUGAUUUACCUAUUCGUCUGCAGUGUGCCGACAUAUUUAAUUACACCCACCUCGACCUCCGCAACCACAUACACAAUGGAUUCCUUGUCGCUCAACAGAGCAGCUCUCGACGAGUUUGUCACUCAGCGAGUGACACGGGAAAUGGUGACGCACCUGGCCCAGCAAGCAGCUCAGGUCAUCCGCUGUGAAGCCCAUGUGACCAACACUGUCAACCAACAUGGACAGCCCACGCCGCCAUCCACUCCUCCCAUGGAAGCUUCCGACCUGCCUGCCCUUCCGUCAAUCGAAGCCUUCAUCGCGUCACUCGUCGCUCGCUCCCAGGUUCAGGUGCCUACUCUCAUGAGCUCCCUGGUAUACCUCGGUCGACUGCGUGCCCGUCUCCCCCCGGUCGCCAAGGGCAUGCGCUGCACCGUCCACCGGAUCUUCCUCGCCUCGCUCAUUCUCGCCGCCAAGAACCUGAACGACUCAAGCCCCAAGAACAAGCAUUGGGCCCGAUACACCGUGGUGAAGGGGUUCGAGGGCUUCGGCUUCUCCUUGCCGGAAGUCAACCUGAUGGAACGCCAACUGCUCUUCCUUCUCGACUGGGAUACCCGUGUAACUGAAGAGGAUCUUCUCACAUACCUCGAGCCCUUUCUGGUUCCCCACCGUCAGCGCCUGAUCGCCCUCGAGCGUGAGCGCAAGUCCGAAGAGGAGCACAUCCGCAAGCAACAACAACACCGCGAGUGGCGCCGUCUUCACGCAUCAGCGGACCUGCUGGCCAGCCGCCUGCGUCGCCAAAAGCUCGAAAGCCGUGGUGAGAGCCGCCGCGCAAACGACAACUCACUCCGCCGUCUCCCAAGCCAUGUCUCCUGCCCGAGCAUGCACAACGCCCAGAACACACAGGUCUCCGCUGAACACGAUCGUUACAACCCUUACCACCGCCAGCGCGCAUCUCCCAACCGACCCAACCGGUCCAUCUCCCCGCCCUCCGUUCGCGAUGUGCCGGCCCUGUCUCACGCCGAGACCUUCAACUCUCUCUGCUCGCGUUCCUCCAGCCUCGCCCCAAGUUCAAAGGGAACCCCGGCCAGCAUCAGCACAAUCUCUUCUCACGGUGGUGCCGAUGAUGUGAUGCUCACAGACCUCAGCCGCAGCCCAUCGUGCGCCUCUUCCCUCAACUACAGCUACGUCAACGUCGCUCCCAUCGAGACGAAGCACAAGCACUUUGAGCCCCUCCGCCAGCCUAGCAAGAAGGUAAAGGUCAACAGCCACGCCCACGGCGGCGGUUUUGUUGCUCGCUUCUUCGCUUCCGCCACUGGCUCUUACAUGAACGGCCGCGUUGGUCGCUCUCACUAAGUCGAGCUGGCCUCGAUUCACAUUUCCUACUUCUCUCUAUCUACCAUAUACCGAGCUAAUCACCGAUGCAUCUGCAUCUCUUUCCUACCCAUCUCAACAUCAUAUCGCUUUUAUUUAUUUUCUCUCUACCUAUUGCCGCUUCAAAAGCAUUUUCAUCCGUCGAUACGCCUUGUGCCAAUACCCUUCGCUCACAUUUGGUUUUCAUUUAUGGUUCCUCCUCAUCCGCCUUUCCGCCGCGUGUUUCAUUACUCAGUUCUACUAGAGAUGAGAUGAUUCCUCCGCUAUUUCCUUUCUCUUGUCUCUUUUCUUUUCUUCUCUCUCAAAACACUCGUUACAUUGCAUUGCCCUGGGAUCGGUAUGGCGUUCAUGUGCCCGGUCUCUUUUCUUCAAUGGGCGUUUU